AUGUCUUCUAAUAAACAGCAAAAGCAAUCAAAGAACAUCAAAGGUACUGGAUCCUCAAAAAGUUCUGCUUCUCAAAACAUUCCAACUAGCACAACCAUCACUGUUGGGGAUCGGGAAUACAUCACUGUUCCAAAACUUAUGAAAGAGCAUAAAGCAAUUUUUGCUUCUCAGGUAAUGGUUCCUUCCUUACUUUCUGGAAAUGUUUUAGGGUUUUUAGGCCCAUUAGUCUCUGAAGAACAUUUAGAGAAAUGUGCGAAGUUUUUUCCCUGUUAUCAUAAUACCAAACCCAUAGCCAACAAAACCGUUUCCUCCAGAAAUAAUGAGGAUCCAGUCCAAAGAGAGGCUUUUCAUCUGGAUUUUAUCACUGAUAGUUUCAGACCCUUUCGGUCUUGUCCAACUCUAGACAAAUCCUAUCUAGCUUGGUUAACGAAAGUUGAGAAGAAGAAAGCUUCAUUUUGGAAAGAAUUGGGUAUUUUUGACCUAAUCCAGAUGUCGAAGCUGGGGUUUAGUUAUUGCCAGCCUUUAUUAUUAUCCAACCUAUAUUUUUGGGGUAGCACAUAUAACACCUUUCAUCUCCCUUGUGGAAUGAUGACUCCUACGCUUUUCGACGUAGCUGCCAUUUUUGGACUUCCUCUGACAGGAGAAACCUUCGACCCCUACCAAGACUGCGAAAAAUUGAUUGACUUCAACGUCAAGAACGCUUCGUUCAGUACUUAUAUUAAUCUGUAUCACGCUGAUGGAGAAGAAGUUUCUGACAUAGAACAUAUAGCAUUCUUAGGUCUAUGGUUGUCCAAGUUCUUCUUUUGCUGUAAAUCUCUGCAAGUUGCAAAGAGAUUUUUAACACUUGCUAACCAAUUGCAUGCUGGUCGAAGAGUGUGUUUAAGUGAACUCUUAUUGGCUAGUUUAUAUGAAAGUCUAGGAUCGGCUAGUGCUAAGUUAAAGGAGUAUGAAGCUGGUACCAACUUAUUACUAUCUGAGCCUUAUUGGCUUCUCCAAUUGUGGCUCAAUGCCACUUUCAAAUCCUUUUUUCCAACACAAGGAAACGUCGAUGAAAGUGCCCCAGAGAUAAUAAAUCGAAGCAUUGACGGCACCAGGCUCCUUCAACUGACUCCAGCUGAUGAUGUUGACAACUUACAAACUUCCCUCACCAAAUACACCUUAAUGUUCUCGAAGCGUCACCAUUUCUUUCCUUUGAUGGCUCCUUUUGCCAGUCGAACCCAUGGUCCUUCCUGGUUUACUGCUUUGCUCAAAGAUGAUGUGAAGAACACCAACACAGAGAUCAAAGACAUAUGGCGUGCCUUUCUCUUCCCAAGGCUGCUUGUUUCUAGGAUCCUGCCAGUAAAGAGCCAUGUGUGUUUGUUGGCUUAUCAACCUAAUUUUGUCUCUCAACAAUUUGGGUUGUGUCAACUUAUUCCUGUUUCUUUAUUCAAAGGAAAGUGUGAGAUCUGUUGUGCAGGGACUGAAUGGAGCGCUCAAGACAUUACAAUCCACGAAGAAAUCCAUGCAAACUUUGCUGAAUUCCAAUUAAUAGCCUACCAACCAUCGUUCUAUUCCACCAAUGGUUUUGCCACUUGGUGGACAGAUUUCUAUUCCAAGAAUAUGUUUUCUACUGCUGAAAUCAAAGAACGUCUAACAAAGGCCUUUUCAUCUUUGCAGGAAAAUGUCCACAAGGGUAAGCUUACUCAUUCUGAAGAAAUCCAAGCAUUCCAAAAGUACUUUGAAAAUGUCUAUGACCCAACGGACCUUGUUCAAACCGUUUGUGACGCAGCUCCAAUUUUAAAAGAGAAAUUUGAAAAGCAAAUUGCCAAAAGAAAAUCUCUCAAAGCUGUAAAACCUGAAUUUAAAUAUGAUUUAGCCUUUGAGUGCGAACCACCCAAAUUUCCAAAUUUACCCAGUGCAGAUUUUGCUUUGUCAUUUUUCCCCCUUAUCCAAACUGCUGUCGAAAGGAAGGUGGCGAAGAAAGAGAAGCCUGUGGCGAAAGCCAGUUCGAAUACUGCUUCUAAGCCAACUACCUCUUCAAGCCAGGGAGUGCCUUCUGGUGCUGCUCCAGAAAAAACGAAGAAGAGUUCAAAGGGUAAGGGCAAGCCCCCUUUGACGCCCAAGCAAAGAAAAGUCUUCACUGCUAAUAUAAUUCUUGUCGAAGAUGAUGAAGAAGAUACUCCUCCAACUCCACUUAAGAAAAAUCAGAAAAAGAAUAAGGCAACAGUUGCCCCUUACCAAACAAAUAAACAACAAGGUGUCAAAACCAACAUUCUCCCUCCUCUUCCAAAGAAAACUCAAUCCCAACCCUCUGGUGGUGCAGCGCUGGAGCACAUUGGGAGCAAUGCUUCUGACCCUGAGGCUCAAUAG